CUGUCGGUCCAUUACAGCAGCACGCAUCGCACACUUAGAGCGCGAACAGCACCAGCAUCAGAACCCACAAUCACUGCCACGAGGUUGAAGAAGACAAGAUGAAUCCGAACGCCCGGUCUUUUGCCUUCAACCCCAGCGCACAGGGCUUCAUGCCCCCGCAGGUGGCGGCGCAGUAUGCGGCCCAGCAGGCCGGCCAGCAGGGCCAGCAGUUCGACGAGCAGGGCCAGCCGCUGGCGCCACAGGCACAACAGCAGCCUCCGAUGGGAUCGGGCGGAUACUAUGGCGGCGCGGGUGGCGGCGGCGGGUACCCCCAGGGCGGAUUCGGGGCUGCACCAUACUACCAGCAGCAGGGUUUCUACGGCGGUGCACAGGCACCACAGCAGCAAUAUCAGCCAUACCAGCAGCAGCAGCAGCAGCAGCAGCAGCAGCAGCAGCCGCAACAAGCAGGGUAUGGCGGUGCACCUCCUCAAGCGCGAGCGACGGGCGGCCUCCCUCCCAAGCCUUCGGCAUCAGACCCGAACCGCAAGCCGGUGAGCCUCAGCCUGGGAGGGGCCAGUGCUGGUGCGGGCGCUGCGACGCCACCGGCGGGCGACGAGGCGCGCAAGCCAGUCAGCAUGAGCAUCGGCGGUGGUGCCGCACCUGCGGCGGACAAGAAGCCCGUGAGCAUCUCGAUUGGAGGUGCAUCAGCGGCCAAGAAGGAGCCCGAUACUACCCCCGCUGCCGGAGCUGCUGCUGCUACCCCAGCGGCUGUCAGUGCAGUCAAGAGCCAAGAGGCCGGCUCAUCCAAGACAUCCCCUUCGCCGAGCCGGGCCGAGUCGCCGGCCCCAGGCGUCGACAGCAAGGCGCCCGGCGCGGGCUUGGCGGCCAAGAGGACGGCAAAGGUGGAGCAAAAGGUGGAAAAGAGCCAGACGGACGCUGCAAAGAUUCUCGAGGAGGCCAACAAGGCGACGGAUGCAGAGACGAUGAAGGACCUGUUUGGCGACAAGGUCGACGAGCUCAAGUCGCACCUCAACGUCGUCUUCAUUGGCCACGUCGAUGCGGGCAAGUCGACGAUGGGCGGCAACCUCCUCUACCUCACAGGCAUGGUCGACAAGCGGACGCUAGAAAAAUACGAAAAGGAAGCAAAGGAUGCCGGGAGAGAAAGCUGGUACCUGUCGUGGGCGCUCGACUCGACGCCGCAGGAGCGUGAAAAGGGAAAGACGGUCGAGGUGGGCAGGGCCUACUUCGAGACGGGCAAGCGCAGAUACACGAUUCUCGAUGCUCCUGGCCACAAGACGUACGUGCCCAGCAUGAUCAGUGGUGCCGCCCAGGCCGACAUCGCCUUGCUCGUCAUUUCCGCGCGAAAGGGCGAGUUCGAGACGGGCUUUGAGCGCGGUGGUCAGACACGCGAGCAUGCCAUGCUCGUCAAGACGGCUGGUGUCCAGCGACUCGUCGUCGUCGUAAACAAGAUGGACGAGCCGACGGUGAAAUGGGAGCAGGAGCGCUACGACGAAAUCGUCUCCAAGCUCACUCCCUUCCUCCGGUCCGCUGGUUUUAACCCCAAGACGGACCUGACGUUCAUUCCCGUCUCGGCCUACUCGGGCCAGAACCUCAAGGAAAAGGUGCCCAAGGACGUGUGCCCCUGGUACGAGGGCCCCUCCCUUCUCGAAUUCCUGGACAACCUCGAGUUGGGCGACCGCAAGAUCUCGGAGCCCCUCAAGAUGCCCAUCAGCGAAAAGUACAACGACAUGGGCACCGUCGUCGUGGGCAAGCUCGAGAGCGGCAAGGUGCGCAAGGGCGAUGCGAUGCUCCUGAUGCCCAACCGCACCUCUGUCGAAGUCGUGUCCAUCGCCAACGAGCAGGACGAGGAGGUUCCUGCCGCCAUCUCCGGUGACAAUGUCCGCAUCAAGAUCAAGGGCGUGGACCACGACGACGUGAGCGUCGGUUUCGUCCUGACGGACCCCAAGCAGCCCGUCAAUGUUGUGACGCGCUUCGAGGCCCAGCUGGCCAUCCUCGAGUCGAGAAACAUCAUCUGUGCAGGCUACUCGGCCGUCAUGCACGUCCACACGCUCUCGGAGGAGAUCAACCUCGUGGCGCUGCUCCACUACUACGACAAGAAGACGGGCAAGAAGAGCCGCAAGCCGCCGCAAUUUGCCAAGAAGGGCAUGAAGAUUGUGGCCCUCAUCGAGACGACGGCGCCCAUCUGCGUCGAAAAGUUUUCCGACUACCCUCAGCUGGGCCGGUUCACAGUCAGAGACGAAGGAAGGACGAUUGGGAUUGGCAAGGUGACAAAGCUCUCGCCGCGGGCCGAGGAGCUGCCAGACGUGGCCAAGCUCUCCGUCGAGGAGAGAAUGACCUCGUAAGGCGUUUAUCUAGAUAGAUUUCCUUGCUCUCUCUCUCUCCUCUCUCCGCUUCCUCUCUCUCUUUUUCCUAUCUUCCCAAACAAAAACCUGAAAUAAAGAUCAUGAACGAUUUCUUCUUCC